GCCCUCAGUAAACAUGGCGGCCAUGAGCCUCCUGCGGUCGGUGACGGGCUCUCUGGUCAGCCGUCUGCAGCCGGUAUCGCGCGGUGUGCUCGGCAGAAGCAGCCUGCAGGGGAGGGGGCCGCCGGCCGCUGCUGUGCCCGUGCGAUUUGGAAGCCAUGGAAAGAAGUUAUUUGUGAUGGCACCAUCUACAUACUAUGACAACAGAUUCCUCCAUUUACUGAAAUUCUAUACAUUACUCAGUGCAGUACCCGCAGGUAUCGCCAUAGCACUUAUCAACAUUUUCAUUGGCCCAGCGGAAUUAGUUGAAACUCCAGAAGAUUAUGUUCCUGAGCCCUUUGAAUACUAUCAGCACCCAAUCACUCGCUUUCUGUCCCGCCAUGUGUUUCCCGAUUACCAGAAAUCAUACGAAAAAGAAAUGUGUUUAAUUCAUGUUGAAAAUGAGAAACGUCAGCUCAGGUUGUAUGAAACUGCAGCACGUCGCUCUAUGAGACAGAAUGGCGAUGGUCCAUGGUUUCAGUUUGAGACUCUGGAUAAGAACCUCAUUGAUAUUGCACCUAAGGGAGUCCCAGAUGAAUAGUGCUCCUGAUUGUAUUGCAUUGCUGUAAUUCUUAAAUAAUCUUAUUCUGGUGACUGUUUCAAAUAAACUUUGUACCAGUGUAAUGUAA